AUGGAGUACUGUGAAUCCGAAACAGCAGCCGCUGAAAGUGAACAGCAUCUGAUUGCUGCUGCCUAUCAUAUUGUGAAGGCACUUGGGGCUAGUAAGACCUUGAACAAUGACAUGAAAAGAAUUCUAACCGAUCUUGAUGUUCAAUUGUCCAAGAUGACUGAAGUUCAGGAGAAUGAGGCUGACAGGACCAGGGAGAUGGAAAAUAAGCUCAAGUUUGCCCAGAGAAAGAUCAUGAGUUUCCAGUCAAGAAGCUUGAAGAUUUGGGAUUUAGGUCCUGGCGAGGAUUAUGGAUAUUUAAAAGCAGUUGACCAAGUUCGAAGGUUGGCAGAAAUUUUGCAGAACAUGCCCUCAAACCAAACUAGGAAAGUAAAGCAGCUACUGGAUGAAGCUGAGAAUAUUCUGCACAAGGCAAUGGCAAGGCUCCAGGAAGAACUGGUUCACAUCCUUUCCAAGAAUAUGCAACCCCUUGAGCAUGAAUUUGUUUUACUCGAGUCUUGCCAGGUGGCUUCUUUGGAGGAGGAAUCGAUAGUACCAAACGAGGAUGAAUCGUUUGAGAUCCUAUCUCAGAGGGGGAGAAGAGGCCCUGAUUGUGAGCAGUAUAUAGUGGAUUUGGUCCAUCCACGUGCAAUUCCUCUGAUCAAAUGUAUUGCAGAAUUGAUGUUUGCUUCUAAUUAUGAUAAGGAAUUUUGCCAAACUUUCAUUAGCUUUUGGAAGCAGGCAUUGGAUGAUUACUUGAUCAAUCUCCAUGUAAAACAACUCAGCAUCGAUGAUGUUCUUAAGAUGGACUGGAAGCGCUUGACCUACAGAAUCAGAAUUUGGUGCCGUGCAACCAGAAGAAUUGUUGGCUUCUAUCUUGCAAGUCAGAAACGGCUCUUUGACAAAAUCCUGGGGGAAUUUGGAAGCACUAGUUCGUCUUGCUUUAUUGAAACUUCAAAGGCUUCUGUAUCGUGCCUUUUGAACUUUGGACAGGCUGUCCUAAUUUGCCCCCCUCGUCCAGAAAGACUUUUUUGUUUGCUAGAUAUGUAUGAAACUCUGUCAAAAUUUCUCCCAGAUUUAGGUGAUUUGUUUGCAGAAGAGGCUGGUUCUUUAGUUGAGAUUGAGUUUCAUGAGCUUCUGAAGAGAUUAAGCAAUUCUGCGAAGGAAAUCUUCCUUGAAUUUGGAAACCAUGUUGCCUCAAACACUUCAACAAUACCGUUUACUAGUGGAAGUAUUACCCAUCUGACCAGGUAUGUGAUGAACUAUAUCAUGUUACUGGUAGAAUAUGGCGAUACCCUCAAUUCACUCCUAGAAGAACAAAAUCUGGAGAAUACAGAUCAAUUUUCUCAAGCAGAGGUCUCCCAGAUAAUCAAUUUGAAUAAUACAAGUCCCAUGGCACAUACCCUAAAGUCUGUUACUUCAGUUUUGGAAGCCAAUCUGGACACCAAAUCUGAUCUUUAUGGAGAUGAAUCUUUGAAGCACAUCUUUAUGAUGAAUAACAUUCAUUACAUGGUCCAAAAGAUUGAGAAUUCACAAUUAAGGUGGUACUUUGGUGAUGAAUGGAUCAGAAGACAUGUUUGGAAAUUCAGGCAGCACGAGACAUGCUAUGAAAGAAUCACAUGGAGUUCUAUACUUUCUCAGCUAAAAGAUGAUGGCAGCAAAGGGAAGGCGAUGCUCAAAGACAAAUGCAGGAAAUUUAAUACAGCUUUUGAGGAAGUAUACAAAAGCCAGACAGCAUGGAAGAUCCCAGAUGCUCAACUACGAGAAGAGUUGAGAAUCUCAACUUCACAGAAAGUUAUCCAUGCAUACAGGCCAUUUGCUUCUAGGUUAGCAAAGUGUUGUAUUAGUGACAAAUACAUCAAGUAUACUGAAGAUGACUUGGGGAAUUAUAUUUGGGAUCUUUUCGAGGGAUCUCCCAAGUCUCUGAACCAUGCAAAGAGGAGGUGA